AUGCCAAACAGCAUACCGCCCGAAAUCAUCUGCUCCGAGACCUACCCAAAAGCCGAGCCGGUCGAGCUGUUCCGGAGAGCAGCAAGAUCCAAGGCGUUCCUUGGACAAAUAGCCGCGGACAAGCCAGACUCACCGGUACCGCGGCCUGCGAGUCUCCAACCUCUCCCCACCAAUCCUUAUCACCUCUGGUACGAGCUUGUUGGCAUAUACUCGCGCGGCGGUCUAACCAAGACCACGGACAAGCUUAUUGCACUAUCAGGCAUUGCACGGGAGAUCCUACCACAUCUGGGAGGCAAGACGCCAGAAACGACAGAGCGGAAGAACCAACCCGUUUGCCCGAGUCCUGGCGAGCCAUAUCAAGCGCCGUCGUGGUCCCGGGUGUCCGUCCACUGCCCCGUCGCUGUCGACUACCAGCUGCAUAGCACCCCACACGACGCUCUUGCCACUGUCGAAGAAGCCCAGGCCACGCCGAAGCUGGGCCCGUUCGGCGGGGUUCGCCCAGGCGCCCACCUCAGGAUCAAGGGCACGGUAUACAAGGCACAGUUCCGCUACUCCCACUUCUCCGGCAGAGGCUGGCCCGAGCUUACCAUUGGAACCAAGAGAAUAUCGAGCAAGUUCAAGGGCUCGUUUGCCAUCUUGCCCGACGAUCUCUUCGCAGAUGAUGCACACACCCGCCAAAGGUAUCGCCAUGUCCGCCUGCUGCCUAUCCUCCAGUCCAAACAGAAAGGCACGUUCAGCCGUCAGAGUCCUGGCAGCUGGGCCUGGCUGGUCAUGUUGAUGCUGGUGCCAAUGACGGACAAGCCGGGCGAGUGCAGGCGGUUUGGCCUCCUGGAGCUCAAGGGCAAUGGGAGUGAUACGGGGAAGCGAGUGUGUGAUCCGCUGCAUGGGACGUUCACCAUAAUAUGA